GUGGGGCCUCCUAUAGCCAGGGCUCUCCAUGUUUGCAGACUGAGCUGCCAGACUCUAGACUGAAGGCAGGAAGAGCUGACGAGAGGCCAGUUCUCAGUCCUAAGCCACUCACCCCCCACCGUGGGAUCAUACCAUGUAGUUGCUCAGCAGUAACAUCAUUGUGACCUGCUUUAGGUGUGAGGCCAACCAGGAAUGACAUCCCAGGACGAGGGCACGGGAUGGCUCCUGCAGCUCCUCAAGGAGGUUCAGCUCGAACAGUUCUACCUGAGGAUCCGUGAUGACCUCAACGUCACCCGCCUCUCGCACUUCGACUUCGUCAAGACCAUGGACCUGGAGCGGAUCGGGAUGGGUCGGCCGGGUAGGGAACGUUUCCGAUUCAAUCCAGGGGGAGCGCAGCCCGUCGUCUCCCGCACCCUUCCCGGCCGGCUCAAGAGCGAGCUUCCCCUCUCUCAGCAGACCUGCUCUCAUGGCAGGAUCACUAACGCAAUCUCACCUCCAUACUCCGCGAGAUGCACCGGCACGAUGUUCAGUGUGCGGAGUGGCGAUUAUUAUGACCAGGCUCCCUUCGCGAGUGGCCCUUCUUCGUCGUUGGCGGAGCCUGAGGCCGCCCCGAAGUGUCUGAUCAACGACAGGGACCUGCAGCUGUGCGAACGGCUGGGGAACGGAUCCUUCGGGGUGGUGAGGCGAGGGGAGUGGAGGUUACCAAAUGGCCGCAUGAUGAACGUGGCCGUGAAGUGUCUGAGAUCAGACAUCUCGAGCGAGGCGGACGCCAUGGCCGACUUCCUGCAAGAGGUGAACGCGAUGUACGCCAUCGACCACCCCCACCUCAUCCAGCUCUACGGCGUCAUCCUCACUCACCCCAUGAAAAUGGUGACAGAGCUGGCCCCGUUAGGCUCUCUCUACGACUAUCUCAGGACGAGGCACAGUGCAUUCCCCAUCCACCUCCUGUGGCUCUACGCCGUCCAGGUCUGUGAGGGAAUGGACUAUCUGGAAUCCAAGCACUUCAUCCACCGGGAUCUGGCAGCCCGGAACAUUCUGCUCGCCUCUGAGGAGGUGGUGAAGAUCGCAGACUUCGGCCUGACACGCUCACUCUCCAGCUCCAACCACUAUGUGAUGCAGGCUCAUCGCAAGAUCCCCUUCGCCUGGGAGGCAGUAGAGGCCAGGCCACUGAUAAAUGUUCUCGGUUUUAAUGGCUUCGCGGGGCUUGGGGAGAAGAUUCUGACGCUGGUCGACCGGGAGAAGCAGCGCCUCGAGCAACCCAUUGACUGCCCCUCGGAGAUAUACUCGAUCGCGUUGCAAUGCUGGGCUGCUGACCCUGAGCAACGGCCCAGCUUCACCACCCUGGGGCCCCUCCUGAAGGAGGUAAAUGUCAUGGGAUCUUGA